AUGUCGAAAUCACCUAUCACAUGCCAUGUGUUAGACGCUUCGGUUGGAAAACCAGCACCGGGAGUCAAAGUCUCUCUGGACGUUCUCAGCCUCACAGGUCAGGAGACUGCUAAAGAAGCUCCAAGAACACUUGCUAGCGGAGAGACAAACGGCGAUGGACGAUGUUCCGACUUGCUGAACCCCGACACCAAACUCCCACCAGGUGUAUACAAGAUGACAUUCCAUAGUGGAGAGUACUUCAAGUCAAACAACGUCGAUACUUUCUAUCCGUUUGUAGAAAUAACAUUCUCAUACACCAAUCCUGAUCAACAUUAUCAUAUACCCCUUCUUAUCAGUCCAUUCUCUUAUACCACUUAUCGGGGCAGUUAG